AUUGAACUUCCAUAUCAGUUUUUCUAUGGAGUUACCUUAUUGGUUUGCCAUAAUAGUAUCAUGUCUUCUUCCUAUUUUCGUAGCCAUUAUCACAAAACUUCACUUCCAGUUCCAGAGGCCAAACUCUAACCUUCCACCAGGUCCAAAACCAUGGCCGAUCAUUGGAAACCUAAACCAAAUCGGCGACCUCCCUCACCGAUCGCUUCACAACUUGUCCAAAACAUACGGUCCCAUCAUGCACCUCAAGUUCGGAUCCUUCCACGUCGUGAUUGCUUCUUCCAGUGAAAUGGCAAAGCAGAUUCUCAAAACCAAUGAUCAUAUCUUCGCCACCAGACCCCAAAUUGCUGCAGGCAAACACACCUGCUACGACUUCUCCAACGUCACUUGGGCUCCUUACGGGCCACAAUGGCGUCUGGGUCGCAAGAUUUAUCUCUCCAAGUUGUUCAGUUCCAAGGGACUUGAGUCCUAUCAUGAAAUUCGUGCCCAAGAGAGGCAUGCGUUUAUGUCACGUUUGUUUGCUGUUUCAGACAAGCCUGUUGUUCUGAAAGACCAUCUUUUCCAUUUCACUCUCAGUGUUAUCAGUAGGAUAGUGAUGGGGAAGAAGUAUUUCAGUGAGUCUGAAGUAGAGGACGAAGAGUUUGUGGUGUCACGUGAGGGGUUUCAGGAGAUGUUGGAGGAAUUGUUUGUGCUUAAUGGGGUUUUGAAUAUUGGGGAUUGGAUUCCUUGGUUAGGGUUCUUGGAUUUGCAAGGGUAUGUUAAGAGAAUGAAGGAUCUGAGGAAGAGGUUUGACAGGUUUUAUCAGCAUGUUAUUGGUGAUCAUAUGGCUAGGAGAACGCAGAUCGACUUUGUGCCCAAGGAUUUCUUGGAUUUCUUACUGGGUUUGGUUAAAGAUCCUUCUCUUGAUGUUGAUUUCACUCUUAACAGUGUUAAAGCCUUUGCUCUGGAUCAAAUGGCUGGAGGGACAGAUACAGCAGCAACAACAGUGGAAUGGGCAAUGUCAGAGCUAAUGAAGCAACCGAAUCUGAUAAAAAAGGCAAAUGAAGAAAUUGACAGAGUAGUAGGAAGAGAAAGAUGGGUUGAAGAGACUGACAUCCCAAACCUUCCAUACUUAGACGCAAUCAUCAAAGAAACACUGAGGCUCCAUCCUGUGGCUGUCCUGCUAGCACCACACAUGGCUCUCGAGGACUGUGAGAUUGAAGGCUUUGACAUUCGGAAAGGAACAAUGGUGUACGUGAAUACUUGGAGCAUUGGCAGAGACCCUUCAGUUUGGGAAUCUCCAGAAGAUUUCUGUCCAGAGAGAUUCUUGGGGAAGAAGGAGAUUGAUGUGAAGGGACAGAACUUUGAGUUCUUGCCAUUUGGGUCAGGAAGAAGGAUGUGUCCAGGUUAUAAGCUUGGAUUGAAGAUGGUAAGUUCUAGCUUAGCCAACUUGUUGCAUGGCUUCACUUGGAGACUAGCUGAUGAGAAUGUGAAGCCUCAGGAUUUGGACAUGGAAGAACAUUUUGGGUUGGCCACUGUGAGAAAGUUCCCACUUGUUGCUGUGGGUCAGCCUAGGCUGCCCCAACAUCUAUUUUACUAAUUAUUAAUAGUCCUUUUAAUAACAAAGAGAGAGAUGACGUCAUGAAUUAUUUUUAACAAUCCAAUGAGACUUAAUUAUGUGCCUGCUCUAAUCUCUUCAAUUAUUAUAGAUUGGGGAUCUGAAUUAUCGUUUCAUGUGAUGAAUAUGUGCUUGUAUAUCUCUAUAACUAUAUUUGCGGAAUAAAAUCACUAUGGUUAUGGUUCUUGGCUUCUUGCUAGGAUCUUGAGCCACGUACGUUUCAAA